UCUUUGCCUUGUUUUCUCGUUGUUUCUCCUGAGCGCGCGGCCCGCGAUCUACUGCAAAAGCGAAAGCGAGCGAGGGAAGUGAGUGAGAGAGCCUGGCGAGGAAAGGAGAGAAGGAAAACGUCUUCCUGUGAAGGAGGAAGGAACGAAAGGAAAUGCGCCUGUGUUACUUACCUCUAUUGUCUCCGGGAGAGCUUUGAUAAGAUCAUCAUCAUCACCCAGCGCAGAAAGCCUAGCUAGAUAGCUGGUUUCCCCGAGAUCGUGUGUCACAAGGCAACUUAUUGACCAGGCCGAGUUCUUGGAGCGGGUGUCCAGGUGUACCAGGGCGCACAAACUCCUGUGUAGAACAUAACAAGCCUGCCGUCAUUUCUAGAUGAUCCGUAUAGAGACAACUUACUUCCCCCAUUGCUGACUCGUCCACCAUUCUUCUCAGCUUCUCGAUCUUGUGUAUGGAUCACCACCACUACUGUUGAUGCUCUUCUCGCGGCUCAAUCACCACCAGCGACGUCGGUCGUCUAGAUCCUGCGAAUUCUAGUUCACUGCUUUCACGUCCAGUGAAGCAUCAUCAUUCAUACUCGUUCCCAUGGAGAUUUCCAAUGCGGCAGCAGCACCAGCGCUCUUGCUCCCUGACUUGUCUUUGCAGAUUAGUCCGCCGUGUUCCACAAGCAAAGCAGCACCGAGCCCAGCGGCUUCCAGUGGCCUCACGGACCACCAGCUCUGGACCACCACCAGACCUUUGUCUUCCUCCUCCGGAACUGUAGAGCUCAGCAAGAGUAGUCCACCGAGGAGCAGCAUCAACAGUGCAGCUAGCAGCAGCCUCGCCAGUGACAACUCCUCCAGCAAUUCUUCCGGGGGAGAGACUUCCAUCCAGCUAUCGUUGGGAAGUCGCUACUUCAACGCCUUGGGAGGAGCUGACAAGAAUAGACCAGUAGGGGCCGAUGACGCCGAAAGGAAGCCUUCCAAGGUGCCGCUUUUCGGAGAAGAUCGCUCGUUUUCCAGCCGCCUCGACUCGACGGACUCCAAGGCCGAGCAGCACAAGGCGAGCUUUGUCCAGUUUUCUUCGUCUUGUUCAACAAGCCACCACCAUCGGCAGCAGCAGCUGCAGCAAGUGCUCCAAAGAUACUCGUCCCCGGCAAUGAUGAACUUGUAUCAGAGCGGCUUCUCCAGCGUCAGGAUGAGCAAUGGUGCGGUGGCGCCGCCGCCGCCGACGACGACGACGACGACGAGAGAUGGCAGCUUGAGUGCCUUGUUUGAUGCAAGCUCUUCCUCUUGCGGUAGCAGCGUCCCGACCCCUUUGAUUGCUGGCAAUGCAGCGACUUCCAGCCUCCGAUCCAGAUAUAUCUCCAAGUUUCCAGUCAAAAGGAAUGUCCGAGCUCCCCGGAUGCGAUGGACGAGCACCCUCCAUGCGCAUUUCGUUCACGCGGUGGAGCUUCUCGGGGGACAUGAGAGAGCAACUCCCAAAUCAGUCUUGGAGCUUAUGAACGUCAAAGAUCUCACCUUGGCACACGUCAAGAGCCAUCUACAGAUGUACCGCACGGUGAAGACCACUGAUAAAUCAGCUUCCACGGAUCAUGUGUCGUCCGUGGAGAUGAGAAAGAUGGAUGAUCCCAAGCUCAUGCAGUGGAAGCCCGAGGCUGUCCAACCCAGAUACAGUGACGAGCCGGCUCUUCAAAGUCGAUGUCCAAGAUCGCAGGAAGUCGUACCGCGGCCGAGCUUCAGCGAUGGUCUGUGGCAGCAACAUAUGAAGCAGACGUCUCAUGGUGCGAUGAAGAUUGAGGACGGCCUCCAGCAGCGACAGUUUAGUGCAACGACGCUUUCCCAGCUCAUGUCCUCUCGCAUGAGCCACAUGAUUCCCAAGGUCCCCAGCCUGGAGUUCACACUUGGAAGGCCCGGGUACCACUUGGCAGAGCAUUCGGAAGCUCCGCCACCACAAGAACUGCUGCUGCUAAGGUGCUAGCUCUCCAGAAUUUUCUUGAACUUUUCCCCCCUUUUUCUUGUUUUGUUUUCGCCGGCACCGAUUCUGUAACUCGCUCGACAGCUCCUGUACAAAAGCGGAUAUUCUUUGAUUAGCAAAGAAAAAAGCAAGAGGCUCUGCUAAGUAGAUGUUAAGCUUAAGUCCCAGUUAAUGUAUUUUCACCUUUUUUUUGGCUUGCGAGUGUCGAUUGCCACCGAUAAAUCUCUCUGCGGGACAGAGGAGCAAUACAAACGCUAGCUCCAAGAUAGCAUUGUCUCCUGUAAA